CCGACGCGCGAGUCGUAACACCGUUAGCGCGCGAAUUUGUCAAAUUUAAAAACGAAAAAUGUUGUUUUUAAUAGCAGUGUCGUUGCUGAUGGCCAGUGUUCAAGCCAAGUUCUACACUGAUUGUGGUUCCAAAUUGGCAACAGUGGACAGCGUGGGCGUGAGUGGGUGUGCGGAUGACGCUAAAGAAUGCAUCUUGAAAAGAAAUUCAAAUGCCACCAUCAGCAUUGACUUCACUCCAUCCCAAGAUGUAAAUAACAUCGAGACAGAAGUGCACGGUGUGAUUAUGAACUUGCCCGUACCGUUCCCGCUUCCGCAGCCCGACGCUUGUAAAGACAACGGGCUGACCUGUCCUGUAAAGGGUGGCCAGAAAGCAAGCUAUAGGACGACUCUGCCCGUCCUAAAGUCCUAUCCCAAGGUGAAGGUAGAUGUGAAGUGGGAGCUCAAGACUGAGAGCGGGGAAGAUCUCGUUUGCGUCCUGAUCCCAGCAAGGAUCCAUUAACAUGGGAAGCCCAACCAAGUGUCAGUUUUGAUUACCUAUUUGAGCUGUGUUUUGCACAAACACAAAACGUUCAUUCACGAUUUUUUUAUGUAAACAAAUCGCUAUCACUUUCAAAAAUCUAGCUCCAGUAAAAGAAAAGGAUAUUCCGGUUCCGUUACUUAGCAACAGUUGUUAUUAUAGUUUAAAUUAUAAAAAUAUCUUGGCAACAAAAAUUUUAUAUUAGGCAUA